GGCAGAUGCAGAGGCAUGGCACUGCUCAGCAGCACGUGUGGGAGGGUUCCCACCUAUGGGAUUCCCCACGGUUGGAGUGUUUUUGAGCCGCCGGCCACACAGCCGCGGGACACCGGGACCAUGACCUCCGAGAAUGACUAUGACCAUCUGGAGCUGCAGCAGUCCUACAGCCACUGGGAUGCCUCCGACGAUGAGUUGGACAACGACAACAGUUCAGCGCGACUCUUUGAGCGCUCCCGCAUCAAAGCGCUGGCAGAUGAGCGGGAGGCAGUGCAGAAGAAGACUUUCACCAAGUGGGUGAACCUGCACUUGGCUUGCGUCACCUGCCGCAUCUCCGACCUCUACUUGGACCUCCGGGACGGGCGGAUGCUCAUCAAACUGCUGGAGGUGCUGUCCAAAGAGAUGCUGCCCAAGCCCACCAAGGGCCGGAUGCGCAUCCACUGCCUGGAGAAUGUGGAUAAGGCACUGCAGUUCCUGAAGGAGAAGCAGGUGCACCUGGAGAACAUGGGCUCCCAUGACAUUGUGGACGGCAACCACCGCCUCAUCCUUGGCCUCAUCUGGACCAUCAUCCUCCGCUUCCAGGUGCAAGAUGUCAUCAAGGAGAUGAAGGAGGGUCCAGAAACACGUUCGCCCAGGGACGCGCUGCUGCUCUGGUGCCAAAUGAAGACAGCAGGCUAUCCUCACGUGAAUGUCACCAACUUCACCUCCAGCUGGAAGGACGGACUGGCCUUCAACGCCCUCAUCCACAAGCACAGGCCUGAGCUGUUUGACUUCAAAACUCUGACCAAGUCCAAUGCCCGGCACAAUCUGGAGCAUGCCUUCAGCGUGGCCGAGCGGCACCUGGGCAUCACCCCGCUCCUUGACCCUGAAGAUGUGUUCACGGAGAACCCCGAUGAGAAGUCCAUCAUCACCUAUGUGGUGGCCUUCUACCAUUACUUCUCCGAGAUGAAGAAACUGGAGGUGAAGGGCAGGAGGCUGGGCAAGGUCAUUGAGCAUGCCAAGGAGACCAAGCGGAUGAUCGAGGGCUAUGGGGGCUUGGCCUCCAACCUGCUCACCUGGAUCGAGCAGACCAUCGUCUCCCUCAACAGCCGCAGCUUCGCUAACUCACUGGCUGGUGUGCAGCACCAGCUGCAGGCCUUCAGCACCUACCGCACGGUGGAGAAGCCACCCAAGUUUCAGGAGAAGGGCAACCUGGAGGUGCUGCUCUUCACCAUCCAGUCUCGGAUGCGAGCCAACAACCAGCGUGUCUACACACCACAAGAGGGGCGUCUGGUCUGUGACAUCAACCGGGCAUGGGAGAAGCUGGAGAAAGCGGAGCACGAGCGGGAGUUGGCGCUGCGCAAUGAGCUCAUCCGGCAGGAGAAGCUGGAGCAGCUGGCACGGCGCUUUGACCGCAAAGCAGCCAUGCGGGAGGCCUGGCUGAGUGAGAACCAACGCCUGGUGGCACAGGAUAACUUUGGCCAAGACCUGACAGCAGUGGAGGCAGCCAAGAAGAAACACGAGGCCAUUGAGACAGACACAGCUGCCUACAUGGAACGGGUGCAGGCCAUCGAUGCAGUGGCGAAGGAGCUGGAGAGGGAGGGCUACCACGACAUCAAACGCAUCAGGGGGCGCAAGGACAACAUCCUGAGGCUCUGGGAGCAGCUCCAGGAGCUGCUGCGCAACCGGCGCCAGCGCCUCGAGAUGAACCUCACCCUUCAGCACCUCUUUCAGGAGAUGCUGCACAGCAUCAACUGGAUGGAUGAGGUCAAGGUGCAGCUGGCCUCGUCUGAAUCUGGGAAGCACCUCCUUGAGGUGGAGGAGCUUCUGGAGACCCACCGGCUGCUGGAAGGUGACAUGGCACUGCAGGCAGAGAAGGUGCGGGCCAUCAGUGCUGCUGCCCUCCGAUUUGCUGAUGCUGAGGGCUACCGUCCCUGUGACCCCAGAGUGAUCCGAGACCGUGUGAACCACCUGGAGAUGUGCCGGCAGGAGCUGCAGGCACUGGCGGCGAGGCGUAAAGCCCUGCUGGAGCAGUCCCGGGCUGUCUGGCAGUGUCUGCAGGAGCUGGACGAGGCAGAGAGCUGGAUCAAGGAACAGGAGCAGAUCUACUCAGCGCUGGACUACGGCAAAGACCUGGCAGGUGUGCUGCUGCUGCGACGUCGUCACACUGCACUGGAGGCUGAGCUGGAGGCACAGGGAGCCCGACUGGAGAAGGCGCUGGUGAUGGCUGAGCAGCUGGCAGCAGCAGGGCGUGAUGCUGGGCGGCUGCGGGACCGGGCAGCUGCCGUGCGGGUACUAUGGGACCAGCUGCAGGAGCUGGUGACCUUCCGCCGCCGUGGGCUGCGGGAGGCCGAGGGCUUCUUCCAGUUCCAGGCAGAGGCUGAAGAACUGGCAGAGGUUCUGGCGGAGGCUCGGCAGCAAGCGGCCAGCGAGGAGCUGGGUCACGAUGAAGUCCACACGCAGGCACUGCUGCGGGAGCACCAGGAGCUGCUGGAGGAGCUGGCGGCUGCCCAGCAUCUCCUGGAGCGCUUGGGUCACCAAGCAGAGGGCUUCCCACCAGAGCUGCGGGCUGGCCCCGAGGCGCACAACCGCCUGGCAGCAUUGCAGGAGCUGCACCACGAGGUGAGCACGCUGGCCAAGACGCGUGGCCGAAGGCUGCAGGAUGCCCUCAACCUCUACACUGUUUUUGGAGAGAGUGAAGCCUGCCAGCUCUGGAUGGGCGCCAAGGAGCGGUGGCUGGAGAAGCUGGAGGUGCCCAACACGCUGGAGGAGCUGGAUGUGGUGAAGCACAGGCUGGAUGGGCUGGAGCAGAAAAUGGCUGGCGUGGCUUCUCAAAUUGAUGCUGUCAACCGCUCAGCUGACGGUCUGCUGGAGAGCGGCCACCCACACAGCCCUCAGGUCCGGCAGUGCCAGCAGCAGCUCAAUGAGAGGUGGGACCAUUUUCGGGAGCUGGUGUCCCAGCGGCGUGCAGCAGUGGGCUCGGCGCUCAACCUGCUCAGCUUCCAACUGGAGUGUGAGGAGACGCGCGCCUGGCUGCUGAGCAAGACGCGGGUGGUGGAGUCCACGAGGGAGCUUGGCCAUGACCUGGCUGGCGUCCUGGCCACCCAGCGCAAGCUGUACGGCAUCGAGCGUGAGCUGACAGCGGCCGAGAGCCGCCUGGAUGCCCUGCGUCCGCAAGCCACCCUCCUGGCCCAGGAGCACCCUGAGUUGGCCGAGGACACGGCAAGGCGGCUGGCAGGGGCGCAGGAUGCCAUGGACGGGCUGCAGGGUGCCCUGCGGGAUCGAGCGGCUGCGCUGGGAGAAGUGGGGCAGCUGCAGAGUUUCCUGCAGGACCUGGAUGACUUCCAAGCGUGGCUCUUCAGGGCACAGAAAGCCGUGGCAGCCACUGAAGAGGUGCCGAUUUCGGUGGGUGAGGCAGAAGAGCUGCUGCGGAAGCAUGCGGCUGCCCGUGAGGAUGCCGAGGGGCACGCAGCUGCCUUCACGGCACUGCUGGAGGCAGGCAAGCGGGUGACAAGCAAUCAGGAGGACCCUGAGUAUGAGCAGCUGCGGGAGCGGCUGCGGGGUGUGGAGGCAGGCUGGGGAGCCCUGCACAAGAUGUGGGAUGCCCGGCAGCGCUUCCUUGCCCAGUGCUUGGGCUUCCAGGAGUUCCUGCGCGAUGCCAAACAGGCUGAGAUUCUCCUCACCAAUCAGGAAUACACGCUGGCCCACCUGGAGUUACCCCCCACACUGGAGGGUUCCACAGCUGCCCUGCGCCGUUUUGAGGAUUUCCGUGCCUCCAUGGAGAGCAGCGCUGAAAAAGUCCCUAGUGUGGUGACCAGUGGCUCCAAGCUCGUGGCAGAGGGAAAUAUCUUCUCUGAGAAGAUUAGCGAGAAGAACCAGGCCCUGCAGGAGCGGCACAAGGCGAAUGUGGCCAAGGCAGAGGAAGCAGCGGGCUUGCUGCAGGACAACCACAAGCUGCAGAGCUUCCUGCAGAGCUGCCGAGAGCUCACUGCUUGGGUGGAUGAGAAGAUGCUAACGGUGCAGGAUGCAUCCUAUGGAGAUGCACGUGGUCUGCAUGGCAAGUGGCAGAAGCACCAAGCCUUUAUGGCAGAGCUGGCAGCCAAUGAGGCAUGGCUGGAGAAGAUCAAAGUGGAGGGCAUGGAGCUGGCAAGCUGCAAACCACAGUACGGUGCAGUGGUGGGCCGGCGGCUGGACGAGCUGCAGGCGCUGUGGAAUGGGCUACACAGCGCUGCCACAGAGAAGGGCCAGCAGCUCUUUGAGGCCAACCGCACUGAGCUGUACGCCCAGAGCUACAGUGAUCUGGAGCGCUGGCUGGGGCAGGUAGAAGGCGAGCUGCACAGCACGGAGCGUGCCAAGGACCUCACCGGGGCCAACUUACUGCUCAAGAAGCUGACGCGGCUGGAGGAGCAGGUGGCGGCACGACAGGAGGAGCUGGUGGAGCUGAAAGCACCACUUGCUGGGGUCACACCAGAGCCUGAUGGGCAGGAGGAGAAGCUCCAGCAGCGAUUCCUUGACCUGCUGAAGCCUCUGGAGAAGAAGAGGAAGGAGCUGGAAACUUCCAAGGCGAUGUACCAGCUAGGGAGGGACCUGGAGGACGAGAUGUUAUGGGUGCAGGAGAGGAUGCUAUGGGCCAGGUCAACCGAGCACGGCACCAACCUCCAGAGCGUGCAGCGUUUGGCCAAGAGGAAUGAGACUCUUCAGAAGGAGCUGCAAGGCCAUGCCCCCCGCCUGGCCGAGGUGCUGGAACGUGGUGAGGCAGCUGCUGAAGGAUCCUGCCCAGAGCUGGCGGAGAGGGCACGGGAGUUGCGGGCACAGUGGGAGGCGCUGAGGGAAGAAGUGGCUGCUCGACAGCAGAGGCUGCGGGAGGCCAGCGAGGCCCAACAGUACUACCUGGAUGCUGGCGAGGCUGAGAUGUGGGUCAGCGAGCAGGAGCUUUUCAUGGGAGAUGAGGAGAAGCCGAAGGACGAGGAAAGUGGUUUGGUGAUGCUGAAGAGACACGUGAGGCAGCAACGCUCCAUUGAGGACUAUGGGCAGACCAUCAAGGAGCUGGCGGGGAGGGCUCAGCAGCUGCUCUCUGCUGGCCACCCUGAGGGGGAGCAGAUCAUCCGGCUGCAGGGCCAGGUGGACAAGUAUUACGCGGGGCUGAAGGAGGCGGCCGAGGAGCGCCGGCGGCGCUUGGAGAACAUGUGCCACCUCUUCCAGCUGAAGCGUGAGGUGGAGGACCUGGAGCAGUGGAUUGCUGAGCGUGAUGUGGCAGCCUCCUCCCAGGAGCUGGGGCAGGACCUGGACCAUGUCACGAUGCUGAGGGAUAAGUUUCGGGAGUUUGCACGGGAAACAGGCAACGUAGGACAGGAACGUGUGGACCAGGUCAACCUGGCCAUCGAGGACCUCAUCGAUGCGGGGCACGCUGAGGCUGCCACCAUAGCUGAGUGGAAAGACGGUCUGAAUGAGAGCUGGGCUGACCUGCUGGAGCUGAUUGACACACGCAUGCAAUUGCUGGCCACCUCCUAUGAUCUGCACAAGUACUUCUAUGAUGGCUCUGAGCUGCUGGCCCUCAUUGCUGCCCGCCACCAGGAGCUGCCCCAGGACCUGGGUGAUGACUCAGGUUCAGUGGAGGCUUUCCAUCGCAUGCACAGCGCCUUUGAGCGUGACCUCCAGCUGCUGGAGGGGCAGGUGCAGCAGUUUCGAGAGGUGGCAGCUCGCCUGCAGACUGCCUAUGCUGGGGAGAAGGCAGUCAGCAUCCAGCAGCAGGAGCAGGAGGUGGCACGGGCGCUGCAGGCACUGCUGGAAGCAUGCAGCGGACGCCGGGCGCAGCUGGUGGACACAGCCGACAAGUUCCGCUUCUUCAGCAUGGCGCGUGACCUGCUCUCCUGGAUGGAGAACACUGUGCGGCAGAUCCAGACGCAGGAGAAACCCAGGGACGUUUCCUCGGUGGAGCUGCUCAUGAAGUACCACCAAGGCAUCCAUGCUGAGAUAGAUGCCCGUGACAAGAGCUUUGCUGCCUGCAUUGAACUAGGCAAGAAGCUGCUGCAGCGCAAACACCGGGAGUCACCUGAGAUCAAAGCAAAGCUGAUGGAGCUGCUGGACAGGAGGAAGGCCAUGAUGGAGAUGUGGCAGCAGCGGUGGGACCGGCUGCAGCUGUUGCUGGAGGUGUGCCAGUUCUCCCGGGAUGCCUCAGUGGCUGAGUCGUGGCUGAUGGCACAGGAGCCAUACCUGGCCAGCAGCGACUAUGGGCAGACGGUGGAUGCGGUGGAGAAGCUGCUGAAACGACACGAAGCCUUUGAGAAGUCCACAGCCACGUGGGAGGAGCGCAUCGCUGCCCUGAGGAAGCUGACGACGCUGGAGCUCAUGGGUGGGCGGACACUGCAGGAGAAGGAUGUGGUGCAUGACACUGCUCCUGAACAUCAUCUGGAUCUGGAUGCGGAGCUGCAGGCAGGGUCUGAAGAGGAGGAGGAGAAGAGGAAGGGAGUGAUCCCUCAGGAAAUCUCUCCACCUGCUGUCGAUGGACCCCAGCCGCUGAUAGUGCCCGAGGAGGAGCCCAUAGCACCACGGGAAGAGGUAGCCACAUUGCCUGCCCAGCCUGCCCACGUUCAGCUGGAGGGCUACCUGGGCCGCAAGCACGACCUGGAGGCGGCCACCAAGCGUGCAUCCAACAGGUCGUGGAGCACGCGGUACUGCGUGCUGCGGGGUGAGGAGCUUGCCUUCUUCAAGGAUGCCAAAAGCCGGGCACUGGGGGUGCCCUGCCAGGGUGAGGAGCCCCUGGGGCUGCGCAACGCACGCUGCCAGGUGGCUGCUGGCUACAAGAAGAAGAAGCACGUCUUUGCGCUCAGGCUCAGCAAUGGCAGCGAGUGGCUCUUCCAUGGCAAGGAUGAGGAGGAGAUGCAGACGUGGCUGCAGGGGCUGCACAUGGCCAUCACCUCCUGUCAGAACCUGCCGGCCAAGGCGCGCAGCCUGCCCCCACCCCACGCCCCCCCUGAGCCCCGACGGGACAAGGAGAAGCGCUUCAGCUUCUUCCCCAAGAAGAAAUAACAAGGGGGGGGGGGCAGCCCAGCACGUACGCAAGUGCGCACGUGUAUAUAUAUAUAUAUAUUUAUAGAUAUUUAUAUUUAUAUAUAUACACACAUCUCCAUGCUUCAGGGCAUGCACGCACCUCAGUGGAGGUGCACGCACAGAUACGCACACGUGUGUGCUCACAUCCCCCACCCCCCUGGGGAACACACCUGUGUGUGUUUGCACUCGCGUGGCCCCGCAUGCAUGCACAUGCACCCACUCCACGUGGGCACAUCCUGGCCCCCCACCCCCUUUUCUAAGCCAUAAGCCCUCCCACCCCCCCCUCCUACCAGCGUGCCCUCAGCCCCAUGGGCACCAACCAAAGAGCACGAAGAGCACGACCUCCCCAAAUGCUUGGCCCCUUGCUGUGGGUGGGGGGCACCACUCAUCUCUGGGGGGAGUGUGCGGGCAGGGAGAACUUUGGGUUUGGUUUGGGUUUUUUUUGUAAUAAA